AUCGUAUGUCCACAAGUAAUCUUGCCACUUCAAAGGUUCAGUGUCCACCACAUUACAAUGACCCGCGUGUACACUUUCAACGCCUUCAUUUUGAAAACCAUCACAACUUCUGAUGCACUAUCAAAGUUUAUCUUUUUUUUUCCUGCCCAGAUUUUUUCUUCAAUUUCCAAGGAACAUCUUGAUUCUUAGUUGUUAUCCCCAUAUCAAAUUUUUUCAAUACUGUGUUAAAAAUUGUGUCUUUUUCAAUUCCAAUAAAAUUUGGAUGGUUUUGCUUUUUUAAUUUCAUACCCGUUAUUGGAUUUUUGCUGUUUUUUCUUGCUCCAUGGCCCUUUAUAUAAGCAAUGCUUGUUUCACUGUUAUGGGUCACUCUAGAUUUCACAGAACAAGAGUUUUUGCUUCUGAGGGUUCUUCUGCUACUCUCAAGACAGUGGUGGAAGAGAAGAUGAAGUUGGGUGGUUCUGAUUUGAAGGUGACAAGGCUUGGAAUUGGAGCUUGGUCUUGGGGUGAUACCACUUAUUGGAACAACUUUGAAUGGAAUGAUAGGAAUGAGAAAGCUGCCAGAGAUGCUUUCAAUGCCAGUAUUGAUGGAGGUCUAACUUUUUUUGACACUGCUGAAGUCUAUGGCUCAGGGCUCGCUUUAGGAGCCAUAAAUUCAGAGAUUCUUCUUGGAAGAUAUAUUAAGGAAAGAAAAGAAUUGGAUCCAGAUGUUGAGGUUGCUGUAGCAACCAAGUUUGCUGCACUUCCAUGGAGAUUCGGCCGUCAAAGUGUUCUCAAUGCCCUCAAAGAUUCCCUUUGUCGACUAGGACUGACUUCAGUUGAUCUUUAUCAACUUCACUGGCCUGGAGUGUGGGGAAAUGAAGGGUAUAUUGAUGGUUUGGGGGAUGCUGUUGAAAAGGGACUUGUAAAAGCUGUUGGUGUUUCAAACUAUAGUGAAAAGCGACUCCGUGAGGCUUACGAGAAGCUCAAGAAGAGAGGUAUUCCAUUAGCUUCAAACCAAGUAAACUACAGCCUCAUAUAUCGGGCCCCGGAAGAAAAUGGUGUAAAGGCUGCCUGUGAUGAACUUGGGAUUACAUUGAUUGCAUAUUCACCGAUUGCACAAGGUGUUCUUACUGGAAAGUAUACUCCUGAUAAACCACCAACUGGGCCUCGAAGCAGAAUUUAUACUCCAGAAUUCUUGACAAGGCUCCAACCUUUGCUGAACAGGAUCUCUGAAAUAGGAGAGAAAUAUGAUAAGACAUCCACGCAGGUAUCCCUGAACUGGUUGGUAGCAAAAGGCAACGUUGUGCCGAUUCCUGGGGCUAAGACAAAAGAACAAGCUGAGGAAUUUAGAGGGGCACUUGGGUGGAGACUAACUGAUGAAGAAGCUGCUGAGCUGCGAAGUUUGGCUUCAGAAAUUAGGCCUGUUGUUGGUUUUCCAGUUGAGAACCUCUAAAACAUAGUUUAGCACCAAACAUUUGCACCAUGUACCUCCUAAAUCAAUUGUAAAGUUAUUUGGUUUAGCAAAAGGGAAAAAGAAUCUGCAUAUGUAAGAAAUUUCAAAUUGUGAAUGAAUGGUAUAUUAGCCUACUUACUUAAUUGAAUGCAAUGAAGCUGCAAGAUAUGCAUUGCAAUGUUGGUCACUUACAACAAUUUUCUUAUUGAUGAACUUGUACUACCAAACAUGUAUUCCUACUAACAAUUCAAGAAAUUAACACAAGCAAUUU